AUGCGCGGCUCCAGCCAGCCCUCCAGCGUCGCAAGCGACACUCUCAACGUCGCAGGCGAUCGGACCAGCAUGGUGCGACGGUCGCACGGCGACGCGUACGCGCUGCUGGGAGUGCCGCACGACGCGUCGCUGGCGCAAGUGAAGGCCGCUUACCGACGACUCGCGCUCAAACUCCACCCAGAUGUGAACACUACGGGUGAUGCAGACGCCUUUCGGCGAAUCACAGAAGCCUACAACUACCUCCUCCACACUCCCUCACACCACCACACUCACUCCCACCACCCUCACGCACGCUCCCACCGCAACUUCCGCCACGGGCCUUUCUCCUCCUUCACCUCGUCGAAUCCGGUCAUGACACCUGGCAGCAGGCGAUUGCCUGCGCUCAUAUGCGGCAUUGGGCUGGCCCUGGGCUGCCUCCUGGGACCAAUCGGAGCAGCGAUCAGCCACGCUCUAACAAGCAGCAGUAGCAGAACAGGUGAGGGUGAGGAGGAGGGAAGCCAAAGACAUAGUGGUAGUGAUGGUGGCAAUGGCAAUGGUGAAAGUGGUGGGAGGAGAAGCAGUUGGAGCUGGUGGAGUAGCAUGGGGGGUGGCAGCAGGGGAGAGCCGAGAGGGCUAAGCCGAGUGGUGGAGCCGACUGCUGAUGAGGAGAAGCGGCAGAGAAUUGCGAAAAUUCUGCUGGAGCGAGCUCGCAAGGCACAGGAGGACGGGGCAGGGGAAGAGGACGGGAUUCGUGUAUCUGUUGAUGGUGUUUCUAUUGGGAAAGUAUGGCCUGAAGUGCAACAAAUGGUUGCACUGAUGGUCGGGAGUGCUUGUAACGGGAAAGCAGGCAACGGCAUACGCAAUAACAACACAGAGCCUGUGGCUAUUCCUAGACGCACCAUCAAGAUCAAGCCGCUUCAGCAGCUGACGAAACCGGUCCAGCAGCCCGAUCGUGCUGCUGGUGGUGCUGGUGCUGCUGGUGCUGCUGGUGGUGAGGAGGGGAAUGAAGGCGAAGAGAAGAAAAAGGGUCCUGGAGUUUCAUCCGCGUUAUUGUCGCCUCCGCUUCCGUCCAUUGACUCGUUUGCGCACACUCGCCGCCUGCAGAGCUUGUCAAACUUCAAGCCGCGGUCUCGGCUGCUUAGGCGGCAGUCGCAGACGCGGACAGGGCCCCUGGGCGGCAGGGUAGCAGGGGAAGGGGAAGGUGUUGCUAGAGACGGGUUUCGCAGGCUGCAGCGAGGUGGGCGGGGAGUUUUGGCCGGUAGUGCGACCGCUGCCACCCCUAGUGCGGAAAACACAGGGAGAGAUCAAAUGGAGGAUGAGAUUGAAGGGUUUAGGGUUGUGGAAAGAGAGGGAGAGGGUUUUGGGCGUGAAGGGUUAUUGGCAGAUUCGUCACCUGGGGUGGGAGGAAGAGAGGGUGAUGGGGGGAUGCAGGGGAAGAGGAAGAGGCGGAAGAUCGUUCUGGCGGGUAGUGAUGGCAGUGAUGGGGAUUAUGAAGAGGAGGAGGAGGUGGAUGAGGAGGAGGAGUGGGGGGAGGAGAAACGGGUUUCACCGUUCAAACGAGGGGAUGCUGAUGCAGGAAGGGGCGGUGCUGCCACCGCUGGUUAUAAUGCUGACACCACUGGCAAUACUGCUUCUGCAGCGACUUUCAACGCGAGGAGGUUCUUUGGAGUGAGGCAGCCCCAGGAGGGCUCCACCCAGGGGGGUCCGCAAAUGGCUCCUGGCAACAGCGCGGCAGUGCAGAGGGCGGAGAGAGAGGAGCUGCGCGCGCGCCUGCUGGCGCUGCACGCCCCCAGCAAGGGCUGGCGCUCCGCUAGAGAUGCUCCUGGGGCGGUUGUGGCGCAGGGGAAGGGGAUGGGGACGGGGAAGGGGAAGGGGAAGGGGGUGGGGAAGGGGAAGGAGAAGGAGAAGGGAAAGGGGAAGGGGAAGAAGGGGGGGAAGAAAUCUGGGAAGGAUCGGUGGGAGGAUGAGGAGGAGGAGGAGGAGGAGGAGGAGGAUGAUUGGAUAGUGGAGGAUGAUAUAGAAGAGGAGAUAGAGGAGGAGAUUGAGGAGCUAGAGGGGUUAGAGUUGGAAGAGGAAGAGGAUGAGGAUGAUGAAGUGUUUCGGGGUAGGGGAAGGAGGAAAUCGAAAGGGAGGCAGAAGCAGGGAGAGUGGGUGAGGCGAUCAGAGCGGGCGAGAAGGCCCGCAAGGUAUGCGCAGAGUGAAGAGUGGGAGGGGGAGGAGGAGUGGGGAGAUGGCGGGGAGGGUGGUGAUGGUGGAGGAGGCAGAGUAGGGGGAGGAGGAGAGGGGGAAGAGGAGGAGGUGGUGGUAACGAGGAGGAGUGCGCGUGCAGCAGGCAGAGCGGCAAUUGCUGCAGCACUGAAGCAGAAAAUUCUUGCUUCUGCUGGGCGAAGGCAGGGGCAGAAGGGGGAGAUGGGGGAAAGAGGGGAGAAGAGGGAGGGAGGGCUGGAGGGCGGGUAUGCAGAGACGGAUGAGUCGGCUGCGAGGUUGAUCUCGCAGGAUGAUGUGUCGGCGGCGUGUGGGGAGAGUGUGCAGCUGAAGGGGUACCAGCUGGUGGGAGUGAACUUCCUGCUGCUUCUGUACCGACAGAAGGUUGGGGGAGCAAUUCUUGCGGACGAAAUGGGCCUCGGCAAGACAGUGCAGGCGGUGGUGCUGCUGGGGCUGCUGGCUCACCUGGACAACAACCCUGGUCCUCACUUGGUUGUAGCCCCCACCUCCCUCCUGGACAACUGGCAGCGCGAGCUGCAGCUCUGGUGCCCGCACCUGCGCGUGGCGGUGGUGCUGCUGGGGCUGCUCGCUCACUUCGACAACAAUCCGGGGCCCCACCUCGUUGUGGCCCCCGCCUCCCUCCUUGACAACUGGCAGCGCGAGCUGCAGCGCUGUUCCGCCCAGAGGGACGACCGGAAGUUUCUGCGCAGGUUCCGAUUCUCGUGUGUUCUGAUGGACGAGGCUCACCUGCUCAAGGACAGGAGCAGCCAGCGGGCCAUGAAGCUGAGACAGCUGGCACAGGCCGCGGAUUAUAGACUCAUGCUCACAGGGACUCCUCUUCAAAACGAUUUGCAGGAGCUCUGGUCGCUGCUAGAGUUCCUCAUGCCCGCCAUAUUCAACGCCCACCAGUGCGACAUUGCAGAGUAUCUGGGCAAGAGGGACCAGCCGUCCCAGAAGGGGGGAGGAGGGGGAGGGGGGCCAGCAGACGAGGGCCUGAUAGGGCGCAUGAAGGCCAUCCUGGGGCCGUUUGUGCUGCGGCGGGUGAAAGCAGAUGUUAUGAAACAGCUGGUGGCGAAAGUGCAGAAGGUCGAGCUACUGGCUAUGGAGGGCGAGCAGGCAGCAGCGUACAAUGAAGCUGUGGAGCAAUACAGAAAGGCUCUGGCCAACCACCCGCUCCUGGUCCGUCGCCUCUUCUCCGACGCAGCAGUGGACGACAUGGCAACGGUGCUGCACGGGAGGGGCGUGUUUGGGGGAGAGUGCACGCGGCAGCGCGUGCAGGAGGAGCUGCGGGGCUACAGUGACUUCACACUCACGACCAACCACCCUCUCCUCGUGCGCCGACUCUUCUCUGAUGAAGCGGUCACAGAAAUGGCAGGAGUACUGCACGGGAGGGGUGUGUUUGGGGGGGAGUGCACGCGGCAGCGCGUGCAGGAGGAGCUGCGGGGCUACAGCGACUUCACACUCAACCAGCUGUGCACCGCCCACAGCGACGCACUCUCGCGCUUCCUGCUCUCACGGGAACAAUUCUUUCACUCCUGCAAGUGCCAGGCCCUCGCAACGCUUCUUCCGCAGCUUAAAUCCGAUGGCCACCGAGUGCUGCUCUUCAGCCAAUGGACGGCUGUGCUUGACAUCCUGCAGCACGUGCUGGGGCUGCUGGGCCUGACCUUUUUGAGACUGGAUGGCAGCACACAAGUGGUGCAGAGGCAGGCUCUGGUGGACGAGUUCAACCGGGACCCCUCGGUUUUUGCGAUGCUGCUGUCGACCCGGGCAGGCGGCCAAGGUUUGAACCUGACCGGGGCAGACACGGUGAUUCUGCACGACGUGGAUUUUAACCCUCAGAUGGACCGGCAGGCGGAGGACAGGUGCCAUCGGAUCGGGCAGACUCGACCUGUAACUGUCGUGCGGCUCGUGACACGUGCAACAGUUGAUGAGGGCAUUUUGAACAUUGCCCAGCGGAAGCUGAGCUUGGAUGCUGCUUUGCUAAGCGGUGGUGGAGAAGGGGAAAGUGCAAACGGGAAGGGGAGUUCUCACUUCUUUCCCACGCCCGCUCUCCCUCCCGAUCUCGGUCCCACUCGCGCUGCUAUGGCUUCUCGAGGCGCAUCACGCGCUCUCUCUCGGGUCCUCUUCGCGACGCUCCUCGUCCUCGCCGCCUCUCACGGCGCGAGUGCCGGCAAGGUGGUGAAACCGCCGCUGAUGCCCGGGCAGAUCCUGCGCAAGUGCGGGUGGUCCAGCAUGGGCGACUACACGUCAUCGUUCGUCUUGUACCCUGACGUGCAUCUGCAUUGGAGGGUGGUCGACAGCGACACGGUCAAAUUCGCGAUCCACAUGAGCAAGGGCAUCCAAACGGGCAAGGGGUGGUUCGGCGUGGGUUUUUCGAGCAACGGCAAGAUGAACGGCGAUGCGAUCAUCGCGGAGAGCAUGCGCGCCGGCGCGCCCAAGCUGCUGACGCUAGCCGGCCACGGCAGCAGGAGCGACGCGACUGGGUGGGCACCGACGGGACUAAAAGUCAUCAAAACCCCCGCCGGCACCACCAUCGAGUUCACUCGCACAACGUCGGACGGCGGCGAGGUGGCUCUGAACCCCUCGGGAAACAACUACAUCACGUGGGGGUUCGGCCAGACCACGUGGGCGAAGGCAAAAGGGCACCUCUACUCCGGCCACGCGGUGAUCGACCUCUCAUGCAACGGCUGCGCGGGCACAUUCCGCAAGGCGCUCUGCAAAGUCUUCUAA